UGUGUCGAUAAACCAGCACGCGAACAAGACGUACGCGCAAUCGCUCCGUGAACCAGUCCUCCGCAUGCUCGGCGCACCAGAGCUCGCCGUACGGAAGCUGAUUGUGUUAUCGGAUGUGCAAAUCGAGCCCUUUUUCUAAUUGCACAUGCUAAAAAGUUCGAUGUACCUUUCAGCUAAGCCGUGCUAGACAGUGAUAGAGUAGCUGGUGUGCUGAAUACUUUUCUACAAGUGUGCCAUGACAGCAUAAUAGUGUUGAUCGUGUAGUGUUGUGUAUACCAUUUUUCAUUAAUGCAUAGUGAGUGAAAUUUGCCGAGGUAAACUUUAAAACCAAAACCAGAGUGUCUUCCUGCUUCGAUCGUCGCGAUCUCGCCGACUGGAGCAAAAGGUGUGGGCCUCGUUUUAUGGAUACAGCAGGAGAUCAGAUAGUACCGUCAACAAGCUUUUGGGUAAUGCAGUCACCAGAAUUAGAAUUUCGGCAUGAGCUGAUGGGGCGCAUAAAUAAAUUGGAAACCGAUGUCGAGCUGGACGUUGUACCGGGAAGUCAGCAUCAUCCAUCAUCCAGCUCACCGCUGUCGUCGUCCGGAUUAUCCAGUUACACCAGCCAGAACUACGAGCAUUAUGGAAAGGAGUUUUUCUUCGGUAACAAACAUCGCGACAUACUAUGUGCGGAGUCGGAGGAUUCGUUUCUACGGCCGCCACUGUGGGAGGACAUCACCAGCUCGAUACAGAACAUUGAUCCCGAGAAUGCGAUCAUGCUCGGAACCAUGAAUGGCAUACCGCAGGUCAAGAUGGAAGCCGUAGACGACCCGUUCCUGGAACCGCUGUCCUCGCCACUGCUCAGCCCGCUUGAGAUCAAAACGGAAAAGAGCAACCUACUGGCGCAAAGCGCCACCAACCAUAACAACAACCUUAGCCAUCUACAUAACAACAAUAACAACAGCAUCCACCAAAACCAUAUGCACAGCGACGUCACAAGCUGUCACGCUAGCAGUAACAACAAUAGUAACGCGACCAACAAUGGCAGCAAUAAUUUCCUCUCUAACAAUGGCUCCGGCUACACGCACAGCAUUGCAACAGCUCAUGGUCAUCCAAAUCAGCACAAUCUCAAUGGCUAUCUUGCUGGAACGAAUGGGAGUGGUUCUAGUCUGCAGCUUCUUACUAAUCAUCCACCUCAGCAGCAGCAGCAGCAGCAGCAGCAGCAGCAGCAACACCAGCCGCAGCAUCAUCAGCCUCAACAACUUCAGCAGCAACAGCAGCAGCAACAGCAACACCAUCAACUACAACACACGCACCUUCAGCAUCAACAGCAGCAGCAUCACCAUCAGCACCAACAUCAUCCGCAGCAACAUUUGCAGGUGAAUCAGAACAAUAAUUACUAUCACUGGCAACCUCAGCAGCAACACCAGCAAGGCCUUACGGGGACAUGUGGUGCAGCGACAUUGAAUCAACCCCCUGGUCCGAUGUACCACGGCAAAUAUGCAGCAUCACAGAGUUCCAGUGUGUGUGCAACGCCUAUUUCCAGGCUAAUGUACGUCCCGCCUCUAACACCACCGAACUCCGACCCCGGUAGUCCAGGGAACAAUCUUCAGAACCCUCCUCGUAGAACCCCACCUCCUCCUUACCAUCAGCAGCAACAACAACAUCAACAGCAACAACAUCAACAGCAGCAGGUCCUGCAAGGAACUCACAUCCAUCAUCACUCGCACGGUGGCAUGGUCAGUGCGCAAUCGAUUGCGGGUCCAACCCAGCCCCAACUACUGCAACCGCUCCCACCAAACGCCGCUUUAGCUGCUCAGCCUACGCAACCAAAUGCAAUAACCACCAACGGUUCCCUUCACCCUCUCACGCCAUCGAUUCCCAGCGCGAUCGGUCCGCUAACAGCGACCUCCGGUACGAGCACUGGUUCCGGCAACACCAGCAACACGGGCGGAUCAUCGGCAUCCACACGCAACGGAUCGUCCUCGCGAGGUUCUAGUUCCAAGCGGCAGAGUUCCGCACACAGCAUCAACAGCGUGCUGAGCAGCGCCGGUGUAGUGAAACACAUCGUAGGCCGCUACAAUCGUCGAAACAAUCCGGAGCUAGAGAAACGGCGAAUACACCACUGUGAUUUUAUCGGCUGCACAAAGGUUUACACCAAAAGCUCCCAUCUGAAGGCCCAUCAACGAAUUCAUACCGGUGAGAAGCCGUACACCUGCCAGUGGCCAGAAUGCGAGUGGCGUUUCGCAAGAUCCGACGAGCUGACGCGUCACUACCGCAAACACACCGGCGCCAAACCGUUCAAGUGCAUCGUCUGUGAGCGCAGCUUCGCCCGCAGCGAUCACUUAGCGCUUCACAUGAAGCGGCAUUUACCAAAAAAUAAGUAAUAGUUGAUAAGCGUAGCAGAUUUAGAAGUUUAUACAUCGGUUUUCGUCUCUGUUAGUUCUCAUUUUUUUCGGCCCAAACUUGCCGAUGGUGACUCCUCUGGAAUCAGAUGGAACAAACUUUCUUCAUAACCUACAAAACUGUGUAGAGCAUAUGUAUUUUCCACCCACUUGAGAAGGUUCCUGCCCAAAAUCAAACAACUGUGUCAAUCGGUUAACAAACAACUUUUGAGUACGUAAAACAUGCUAAUGCCUCUUUAGUAUGGCUCCUCCACCGAAUUAACGCAAGCUGAUCUGUUAGUGCAGCUCACGUACGUAUGCUUACCAUCAGCUCGAUGCUCGCAUGAAGUAACUGACACAGUCACCGACGGUGUUAAUUAUCUUUUUCUCACCAAACACCCAUUCUAUGGUCUGUUAAUUUACAAAUUAAAGUUGCUCCCUUGCAAUGCAAUGAACUUACCACCCGCACUAUUCGGUACGAUACCGCUCGCAACUGACAAACGAUAACAGUUUGCAUCAAUAUUUGUCGAAUGAUGCGCCAUAUCCGAUACCUAACGGAUUCCUUCCCAACUUGCGUUCCCAAAAUUUGCGUUCACAAUAGCAAACUCUGAACAGGCCUUCGGAGCUUUGGUAAGAAAUUACCGAACUUGUAAAAACGCCUUCACAACAAUACAAUACUUAUUUUCCACACCCACCAACGCUCGAACUCACUGGCACACUUUCCAUGUGGAUGUGAAAAUAUUUUUUGGAAAAACUAACAGAAAAGCGUAACUUUCGUAUUGUUGUAUAAUUUGAACCGGAACCCAUUCGAUGUGACCGUAUUUCGAAAUUUAACAAUAAAAGAUCAACCACAUCUUGCAUUUGGCGUCCAAAACGCCUACACCUGCGAGCAAACAGAUCGGUUGUGGAACAAUUAACUAGAACUGGAUCGUUAAUUUCUUGCUCAAAUGGCUUCAAAUUUCAAUAUAGUUUACAGAAGCACAAAUAUAUCUAGGUUUGAAAAGUAACCAAUUUUCAUACACACCAAUGGAUGGAAUUUCUCUCAAGUCAAUAUUGAUCUUUGAAGAAACAUGAGUCAUCAAACUAAACUCAGUACAUGAGUCCAUGACAUAAAACAUGUCCCGAAAAACUAAACGCCUUGCCAGUGCUAAAAAGUACAAUAUUUACAUUUGGUUUGUAUUUGCUAGCUCAAAUUAAAUGAAGUUAAUUUGAUUGAUGAAACUGCAAAACGGUACUUAAUAGUUUGUAGUGUAAAUUUAAAUGCGUAGUAAUUAUGCUAAACAUUCCAAGCGCUCUUACAAAAAACAACGCUAGCAAAACAAAAACACUGACACAAACUACCAGUCACUAUUAAUGCAUAAAAUAUGUUUUUUAAAACGAAACUUCCCGAAAACAAAAGCGCUCUAUAUAAACUGAUCUCAAUGCAAUCACGUUUCGAACCUAAACAAUCGUACAAAAUUAUCCUGUCUCUCUAUUAUCCUUGGCAUCUCUUGCUCUCUUGCAAACCUUUCCCCCAAUCCAUGGCCUAUACUUACUGAGUGUUAGUGAUAGGAUAGAAUUCCUUUGUAUUUAAUUAUGUUUUGUUUUACCGACUCCUUUGCUAAAAAGUGCUACCAAAAGGUUAGGUUGUUUGUGCAGAACAUCCUUCAAAUGUUACCAUACACUUUAUUUAUCGAACAAUUUUAAAAUACUACUGUUAACUUAAGACGAUCAAACCGAUUUUUAAAAUUUGACCAGAAUAGCACCAGCACUUGCGUGAUCCUAUUAAAGUAAUAUAAAUUACAGUAUGAUACAGUAUGAGUUUCUUAGCGGUCAAUAUUUGUAAAUAGGCUUACAGAUCCGGCCCAGCAUUAACGUACUUACGCAAAUGCUUCCCCAAAUUAAGUGUGCAUCGUUUCGGUUCUAGACCGACAUUUGUGUGUUCUUAAGUUGCCAUUAGUGGAUAGAGGGGAUGCGGAAUCGUGAUGAGCACUUUGACUCAUGCAUCAAAAUGAACAAUAUUCUCUUUUAAAACGGCAUUUGCUAAAAAAAAAUCAAUCUUUCUUAAAUAGCAAAAAGCAAUCAAGUACAACACAGAGAUCACAGCGAAUGAGGAUACAACAGUUGAACACUUUAGCUGCGGAGGGCCUCGAACAAAGUAUCAUAGUAUUAUUAAUCACCUCGUACAACCGUGUGUAAUGAUCCUAUGUAUAGAUUAACGUAGUUUAUUGGUAUGUUUAUUUGUUUGUUUUUUAUUGCUGUUUUAAUUAGCUAGCCACUAGUACACUACCGGAACGGAAAGAACCGUUUUAAGUUGAAAUUUAUUUCACUGAUUUGUUUCCCUAUCAUACUAUAUGCAACGCUAUUGUGUAAGUGUUCUUUGGAUAGUUUUAGUUUACUUCAAUUAUUGAGAGCACAACUUUUCGUUCAUUUGUUCUAAACAAAACACGUUUGAUCCUUCAUUGCUUACUGUCUAUUUUUUAUUUGUAUUAUGCAUAAACAAAAACCAACUUGGUAAAAACUAUACCUUAUAAGCUAGCUGUAUAAGUAAAUCGAAACGAAUCGAAGAGCGUUUGUCGCGCAAUAUGUUUCAACUUUGUCUCAAAUAUAUAAAUGUU